UUCAUUAACAUAUUUUUAGGUCAUGGCCCCAACAACUCGUAAUACUGGACAAGUCCAUGUACAGCCUAAUUCCUCUCAGCCACACCAAGCAGCUAUGGAUGACACUGCCAUUGUUCAGCCCCUUAACGAACCAGAAAUUGGAAUUGAAGAAAUUGCAGGUAGUAGGAAAAAAUGCAAUAGAAUUCGAGGUCCCACUUUUAUGUGUAAAGUUUGGGGCCAACAAGAAGAUGAGCGUGUGAAAGUUUCAUUCAAUGACAAAGGACAACCAAUUUCCAAUAAUAGCAUCUUGAGCCACUUCUUAGGAACUAUAGCAAGAAAUGGGAAAUAUGCGCCUCUCCACUACAAGAGUUGGCCCAAGAUGCCUCGAGUUUAUAAGGACGAUAUGCUUGCAUUGGUAUUGGUAAGUUUGAUAAUUAUAGCGUCAUUUAUUUGGAAGCAUAUGGCGAGAGAUGUCUUUGUAUGUGAAAUGCCAUCACCAACGUUAUGAAUUUAGAGUGCAUUACAUCUUGAAA